ACAACCUCACACACUGAAGUUCCAAUCCCUAAGCAAAAUACACCACAAGCCCAAUUGUAUGAUGCUUACUACGUAUCUCCAUUGGAUGAGUCCUCCUUACCUCACAAUGCCCUGGUGAAUCGGCAUCAAACCCAUCACCGUCAAAAUCAUGUCAGUGGUAAUACGGAGCUUACAAACAGUCCAAAAUCACACGCUCGACAACCAGUGAACUCUUCAGGGCAGAUACCGAGUUCUUUACAGAUCAGAUUGGAUGAGACACGGCGCAAGAUUCAUUCCAGUGAUUUGAGCGACACUGUAGAUAAUGAUCAGUCUUUCGUUUCACGGCAUAGCGAUGUUGAUGUUCGUGAUGAUGAUGGCAUGGGAAAAAUCGAUAAUGGGCUACCUACACAUGCCAUAUUCGGCACAUCGAGCGUCGCGAACUUUAUGAGACAAGUCCAGGCUACAGUUGAUGCAAAGAUAUCGUCGAUCAAUGGUACACCAGCACCAAGACAUUCAAUUACUUCCCAUUCACUAUCCUCGUUUGAUUCCACAGAGUCGCGAGUAUAUCCUGAGUAUGUUCUUCCUCCACGAAGAACUGCAGACCGACUACUAGAUACGUACUGGACAAAGGUUCAUAAUCUGUAUCCAUUUAUUCAUCGACAGUCAUUUAUUCGGAGCUAUCAAAGACUAUGGACCGGAGACCAGCCGGAAAGCGACAGUCCCACGUUUCCGUGCUUACUCAAUAUAGUCUUCGCAUUGGCUUCCCAGCUGAGCGAAGAUAGCUCCCCUGCCAAGCGAGAAGCCUUAUCAAAUGAAUACUAUAAGAUAGCCAAACGAACUCUACAGCCUGUGCUUCUCGAUGGAAGCUCCUUUGAAACUAUCCAAAUUCUUUUGUUAAUGGCACAAUACUUACAAAGCACAAACUCGCGCGACCGCUGCUGGAUAGUGGUUGGUCUGGCUAUCCGACUUGCGCAAAGCCUUGGUCUGCACUUCCCAGAGACAAGCGCCAACCUACCGCGGCAAGUUGAUCGCGAAAUGGCACGUAGGGUAUGGCAUGGUUGUGUGAUGAUGGACAGAAUAUUAUCCAUGACAUUUGGGCGCCCGUUAACGAUCUCUCGGGCUAUUGCUAGUGCAGUACCUCUCCCUGCACCUAUUGACGAUGAAUAUCUCCUCGAGUCGGCUGAAACAUUUGGAGAACAGCGAGCAGGAAUGCCAUCACAAAUUGAAUUCUUCAUCCAGACUGUUAAGCUAUAUGGAAUGCUUGACGAUAUUCUUUUAUCUCUGUAUAGCCCAAAUUCCGAUAGUGCUACUCUCUAUGGAAAACUUCAAUGCUGGGACAACAAUUCCAUCUUUCGGGUUGAAGCAGGCUUGAGUAGAUGGAAGAAAGAAAUUCCUUCCUGUUUACAGUUCAAUGGUCAAAAUGAAGUUAGCAAGCUUGGCUCUGUCUUUCACCGACAAUCCAAUGUGCUUCAAGCACGAUAUCUUCAUUUGCGCAUACUACUCUUUCGACCUGUAUUCACAUUCUUUCAGGAUCGUGAUACAACGUGGGCCGAGCUUUUCUCAGACGCCUUUCUACAAUAUUCAGUUGCUCAACAAUGUGUGGUUCAAUGCAUCAAAGCGGCCCAGCAACUUGUUGAGCUUAUCCAUAGUAACCUACAGCAAGAUGGCUCUAUGGGACCGCUUCCAGCUUGGUGGUAUAACGUGUUCUAUAUCUACACUGCUGCCACUGUUAUGACAGCUACCCGUCUAUACCCAUCUGUCGCUACUGAUAUCGAUGAAAGCCUUUUAACCCAAUCCUGGAACUGUGCUCUCGAGACAUUACGUGCGUACCAAGAGUACAGCCGUUCCGCUAAAAGAUGCCUCGUCACUUUGGAAGUCCUUCAUGAGAAAGUUGUCGGGGGAAUCCAGGCACAAAAUGAAGAAGCCACGGAGCCAACCAAAUCGUCCAGACUUGAUCCAUGGUUAGAUGUGAAUUCUACUCAGCAGUUGAGACCAAAUGAUGCACCAGAAAUUCAGGAUCUCGGUGAUCUGGGGACAACUUUUGAUAUAAUGGAUAUGGCAUGGCUAGACUCUACACCAUUUGAUCUAGAAUCAUACUCAUGGAAUACCUAUUGA